AUGGAGCAAGAUAUUGAAGAUGAUGUUGAUGUGAUAUCUGUCUCUCUGAGCUUUGCAUUGGAACCGUAUGAUGAUCCCAUUGCAAAAGCUUCUCUUUCUGCUAUGGCAGAAGGUGUUUACACCAUAAUCAACCAAGCAUAUCCAGCCUCAAAGCAACUAGCACCAAAGGCAGACACGCCUUCUCCCAUGCCAAAGGAAGACACUCUUCCGAGGUGCCAAAUACAUGUCGAAGCUCCAGAUUGCCGAAGCUCCCAAAUUGCCAAAACCACUCUCCAUGACACGUGUCACCACCGCAACGACUUGCACAAAGUCCCACAUCGGAAAUCUACACCAACCUCCCACUUUCACUCCCCUAUAAAUACGGAACAGUACCCCUAG